AUGUAUGUAGUGACGCCUCCUCAAAGAUCCGUAAUUGGAUCCGAUUGUGAUUUACGGGUUUAUCAAACAUGGAAAGGAAGCAAUAUAUUCUGUCUUCAAGGAAGGUUUAUAUUGGGACCAGACGCAAGAUCACUUGGUCUAACCAUAGGUCUCAUUGUGGUUCCUGUUGCAAUCUUCUGCAUCUUCGUUGCUAGUAAACUAAUGGAGGACUUCUCUGAUAGUUGGGGAGUAUCAAUUGUCCCUGUUGCUGUUGUCUUCACCAUUUAUGAUUUAAUUCUUCUGAUGCUUACAUCCGCAAGAGAUCCAGGGAUUAUCCCAAGAAAUUUGCAUCCUCCAGAGCCCGAAGUUCUUGAUGGCAAUGCGGAUUCAGGGACAAGCCAAACUCCGAGAUUGCCUCGCCUUAAGGAAGUAGAAGUUAAUGGAAAGAUAUUUAAGGUCAAGUACUGUGAUACCUGCAUGCUCUAUAGACCCCCUCGUUGCUCACAUUGUUCAAUUUGCAACAACUGUGUUGAAAGGUUUGAUCAUCACUGUCCUUGGGUUGGUCAAUGUAUUGCCCGAAGGAAUUAUCGAUUCUUCUUCAUGUUUGUCUUCUCCACGACUCUUCUCUGUGUAUACGUGUGCGCCUUUUGCUGGGUUUAUAUAACGAAGAUAAAAAACUCUGAAGACAUAAGCAUCUGGAGAGCAAUGCUCAAAACUCCUGCUUCCAUUGCUCUGAUAAUCUAUACAUCCAUAUCGAUGUUUUUUGUUGGAGGCUUAACAACUUUCCAUCUCUAUCUCAUCAGCACAAAUCAGACUACAUAUGAGAACUUCAGAUACAGUUAUGACUGGCGUAGCAACCCACAUAACAAAGGAGUGGUUGAUAACUUCAAAGAAAUCUUUUUUUCGGCGAUACCUCCUUCGAAGAAUAACUUCAGAGCUAUGGUACCGAGGGAAACUCCAAUGCCGUCAAGAUCAGCUGUUGGCGGAUUUAUGAGUCCAAACAUGGGAAGAGCAAAUGAUGAGAUUGAAAUUGGGAGGAAAGGUGUGUGGGCAAUGGCUGAACAUGAUGGUGAUGACAAAAAUGGUAAUAACAAUGAACGGUUUCAUGUUAAGGACAAUGAGUUAGACGAGUUAUCAUCAGACAUUAGGAUCGCAAUGGACGAUGGUGAACAAAUCGAUAGGCCAAACGUUAACCCGACGCCCUCAAGCUGGGAAAUGUCACCAGAAGUUAUGGCCUUAGCAGCAAGAAGAACUUAG